AUGAACUCUAUCCACCUACACUGGAUGCAAGAAGCAAUGGCAAUGGCAGAAGAAGCGUUAGCUGCUGCUGAAGUUCCCGUUGGCUGCGUUUUUGUACGAGGCGAAAAGGUGAUCGCAAAAGCGAGGAAUCGAACAAACCAACUACGGAAUGCCACAAGACACGCUGAGCUCGAAGCUAUCGAUGAAAUUCUAUCGGAUAAGACGCUAACCCCACAAAUCACGGAAUAUCCUCUAUCCACAACAACUCUAUAUGUGACUGUGGAGCCGUGCAUAAUGUGUGCAUCGGCCCUCAGACAGCUGGGCAUACGGGAAGUUAUCUACGGCUGUGGUAAUGAGCGAUUCGGAGGAUGCGGAAGUGUGCUGGGGGUGAAUAGCGAUCUAGAGCAUCCUGCACAUCCUGCAUACAAAGCAACAGGCGGAUACUGUAGAGAAGAUGCUAUCAUGAUCCUUCGUCGAUUCUAUAUCACUGAAAACACAAAUGCUCCUGUACCGAAGUCAAAGGGUAAUAGGAUUCUGAAGACAGAAAUUUCGUGA